ACACAAUUGAAAUUAUUUCGCCCUCUCGACAGCGACGCCCCUCCACCAAACCCAUCACAGCCACCCAUCGUCAGUUUUUCUCCAACUGUGCAAAUCAGAGCCAGCAAUCAUGGCGGUUGGAAAGAACAAGCGUCUCUCAAAGGGCAAGAAGGGUCUCAAGAAGAAGACCGUCGACCCCUUCACCCGCAAGGAUUGGUACUCGAUCAAGGCUCCCAACCCUUUCAACGUCCGAGAUGUCGGCAAGACCCUGGUGAACCGCACCACCGGUCUCAAGAACGCCAACGAUGCCCUCAAGGGCCGCAUCCUUGAGGUCUCCCUGGCCGAUCUCCAGAAGGACGAGGACCACUCGUUCCGCAAGGUCCGCCUCAGGGUCGACGAGGUUCAGGGCAAGAACUGCUUGACUGCCUUCCACGGUCUCGACUUCACCUCUGACAAGCUCCGCUCCCUCGUCCGCAAGUGGCAGUCCCUCAUCGAGGCCAACGUCACCGUCAAGACCACCGACGACUACCUUGUCCGCCUCUUCGCCAUCGCCUUCACCAAGCGCCGCCCCAACCAGGUCAAGAAGACCACCUACGCCGCUUCCUCGCAGAUCCGUGCCAUCCGCAAGAAGAUGACCGAGAUCAUCACCCGCGAGGCCAGCACCAGCACCCUCACCCAGCUCACCUCCAAGCUGAUUCCCGAGGUCAUUGGCCGCGAAAUCGAGAAGUCCACCCAGGGCAUCUACCCCCUGCAGAAUGUCCACAUCCGCAAGGUCAAGCUGUUGAAGGCACCCAAGUUCGACCUUGGUGCCCUCAUGGCUCUCCACGGCGAGUCGGGGACCGACGACCAGGGUCAGAAGGUCGAGCGCGAGUUUAAGGAGCGUGUGCUCGAGGAUGUCUAAGCGGCUGUCUUUACGUGUGGAAGGCGCAAUAGGAGGCAAUGGGCCAUGUCGGGACAACAUAUCCCGUUGCAAAUUGUUUACGAUCAUCACAAAUGGCGUAGAUUUUCGAGGUGGCUUGGGAAUUUAGGACUGCUUCCCUUGAAAUGGUAAAACGGUUCAUGAUUUA